AUGAUUACAGGGUUUGGUAAUGCUACUAAGAAACGUAAGAUCCAACCAGAAGGUGAUCUAGAUAAUAACAAACCUUGGGUGGAGAAAUACAGACCUAGAAAUUUAGACGACGUAGCAGCCCAAGAUCAUGCAGUGGCUGUUUUAAAACGUACACUUGGCUCUGCAAAUCUACCACAUAUGUUGUUUUAUGGUCCUCCAGGUACUGGUAAAACUUCUACUAUUCUAGCUUUAACAAAAGAGUUAUUUGGUCCUCAACUGGUAAAAUCUAGAGUGUUAGAGUUAAAUGCUUCCGAUGAGCGUGGUAUUUCAAUUGUAAGAGAGAAAGUUAAAAAUUUUGCUCGUUUGACUGUUUCGAAACCGUCAAAAGAUGAUUUAGAAAAUUAUCCUUGCCCUCCAUACAAGAUUAUUAUCCUAGACGAAGCUGAUUCAAUGACUGCGGAUGCGCAAUCUGCUUUACGUAGAACAAUGGAAACUUAUUCUACAGUUACUAGAUUCUGUCUGAUAUGUAACUACGUCACAAGAAUAAUUGAUCCACUUGCGUCAAGGUGUUCCAAGUUUAGAUUCAAAGCAUUAGAUGAAACGAAUGCUUUGGAUCGUUUGAAAUAUGUGGCCACUCAGGAAUCAACUAAAUAUGAGGAAGGUACAUUGGAAAAAAUAUUACAAAUUUCAGCAGGUGAUCUAAGAAGGGCAAUUACUUUGUUGCAAUCAGUUUCAAAAUCAAGUACUUUCAACAAAUCAGAUAUGAUUACUAUCAAAAAAGUUGAGGAGCUGGCUGGUGUUGUCCCUGAAUCUAUAAUCAAUCAGAUAUUAAAAAUCAUCGAAUCAAAAGAUGUAGACGCUAUUACAGCUUUUACAAGAACCUUUAUCAAAAAUGGUUGGUCUGGUGCUGCUGUUGUCGAUCAGCUUCAUGAUCAUUAUAUAACUAGUGAUAACUAUAGCACACAAUUUAAGAAUAGUGUUUCAUGGAUACUAUUUAAUGCAGAUUCUAAAUUGUUAAAUGGUACAAAUGAACAUAUACAAUUACUCAACGUAUUGGUGAAAAUUUCAUUGAUUGAAUAA